AUGACCACCACUGAAGUCUCCGACACUAAAAGUGGGAAGUUAGGUAUCGAACGAGCCAAUUCCAUUGGCUGGUUGUUUAUCGAACGUUAUUAUGAAAUGUAUAACAGUGAUAUCACCGAUUUAUAUAAAUUAUAUAGUAACGAAGCAUCAGUUAGUCAUGGAGGAUUGAAAAAAUCCGAAGGAUUAAAGAAAGCUAAUGGUAUUGAUUCUAUUAAAUUGUUAUUUGAGGAUUUAAAAGUAGAUAAUCAUAAUAGAAUCAUUAUCAUUGAUGCUGAUAUCCAAGUUAGUGUAGGAGAUAGCAUUUUGAUCAUAGUUAAUGGAGAAUGGUCAAAGAAUGGAUCCCCAUAUUAUCAAUUUCAUCAAACCUUCGUAUUAUGUAAAGGUGCCACCGAUAGUAAUUUUGAUAUUGCCAACGACAUUUUGAGGUUCAUUGAUUAUGAUUACAAGCAUGAAUUAUUGAAAGAACCCGAGAUUGAAGAAGUUAAAGAAGUCAAACAAGAGCCAGAAGUUGAAAAAGUUGAAAAAGUUGAAUCUGUUGAAACUGUUGAACCAAUUGAAACAGCUGAAGCAACUGAACCUGAAACUCAUGAUGAAAGUGAAGAAAAACCUGAAGAUGAUGAUGCUUCAGGUCCAUUUUCUUGGGCUGCUUUAGCAGCUACUGCUAAAGAUAAAUCUCCAGUCAUUACUAGAUCACCAUCAAUUACUAAACCUUCACAACCAAAACCUCAACCUGUACCUCAACCAACAUCCAAUGGGAAAUUCAGAAAAGAAGAUUGGUUCCCUAUCUAUGUACGUGGAUGUGAAGAUAUCCCUGAAAAGGAAUUAAAAGAUCAUUUAACUAAGGAAUUUGGUGAAAUCAAAUUCUUCAGACAAAAUGCUAACAUUGCAUUGGUUGAUUUCUUACAUAGAGAAGGUCAAAAGAAAGCAUUAGAUGCACAUAAAACAAAGGUUAAAGAUUCGGUGAUUUUGUUAGAAAUCAGAGAAAGUAAAUCUGGGAAGAAAGAGGUGAAGAAAGAGAAGGUGGAUGUUAAACGUAAGGUGGAUAAGAAGCCUGUUAAAAAAGUUAAGAAUCAAUAA